AAGUCUGUGACCGGAAGUGUGACCUUCCUCAUGGGAACUUGACCUCCUCGGUUUUCAGUCUCUCCGUGUAGAUUCCUCAGUGUAGACCCUCACACCGCAGAACCGAACCUCUGUGUUUCAGAACUUACCUCGCGGUUCCGGUUCGGAGACGAGAUUUGAACACUUUUUAUAUUCCCGGCGUUGGUUCUAUUCGGAACCGGUUCUUUCCCCCGCACCGUCCGUGGUUCCGUUCCUUCCUCUGUAGCUGGGUGUGUUAGGUAGAACUGGACCGGAGUUCGGCUCGUGUACCGCGCUGGUUCUGAGGAAUGAACCCGUCUGGACCAGGUCUGGACCGACACCAUGGAUUUUAAAGAGCUGGGGGUUCGUCUGGAGGAGAAGCUGACCCUGACAGAGAAGACCCUGUCUCUGCCGUCAGACUCUCCGUCCCUCCAGAACCGAGACCAGAACCCAGAGAAAGACCUGCUGAGCCCGGACGACUCGGCCGUGUCAGAUCUGUCCCCUAAAACAGACUCCAGGACAGAGGCCUCCCUGAAGACGGAUGGCAGACCUCUGACCCCGGCCUUCAGCAGCUGCAGCCCGCAGCCCAAGAAAGACUCCAUGAACUCAGAGCAGCGGCAGAAACUGGCCAAGGAGCGCAGAGAGGAGCGCGCUCGCUACAUCGAGCAACAGACCCAACUGCAAGCCGCCAAGAAGGCCCAGUGGCUGGAGAAGGAGGAGAAGGCGCGGCGGCUGAGGGAGAGCCAGCUGGAGGAGCGGCGCAGGAAGCUGGAGGAGCAGCGGCUGAAGGCGGAGAAACGCCGUGCGCUGCUGGAGGAGAAGCAGCGGCAGAAACUGGAGAAGAACAAGGAACGAUACGAGGCGGCCAUCAAGAGGUCGACGAAGAAAACGUGGGCGGAGAUCCGGCAGCAGCGUUGGUCCUGGGCCGGCGGCCUCAACCAGACGUCCCGCAGAGAGAGCAGAUGCUCGGCCUCCACGGUCAACCUGCCCCGACAGGUGGAGCCUGUCAUUAACAACAGGCUGUCCAAGUCCUCUGCCACCCUGUGGAACUCCCCCAACAGAACCCGCAGCCUGCGCCUCAGCCCGUGGGAGAGCCGCAUCGUGGAGCGGCUCAUGACGCCGACGCUCUCCUUCCUGGCCCGCAGCCGCAGCGCCGCCACGCUGCUGAACAGCAGCGACUCUGCCUCUCUCAGCCCGUUCACCAGUUGCUCCCAUCAGCACCGGAGCUCCGCUGAGCGUUGGAGGGUUUCGUCCGCCAGCACGCCGGACAUCACGCAGAGGCAGCGGCGACGCAACUCCACGCCGGUGGACAAGAAGAAGAAGGAGAAGAAGGACAAGGAGAGAGAGAAUGAGAAGGAGAAGAACGCGCUCGCCAAGGAGAGAGUGCAGAAGAAGAGACAGAUGACAUCAUCAGUGAGCGCCAGCGUCUCCAGGUCCAGACCGGAGGCCAGGUACCGACCGGAUCCGGAACGUCUUCCUUCAUCCUCCUCUCUGCUCCGUAGCGCCCCCCGGGCCAGGAACCGGCCCCCGUCUCCGGCCCCCAGGAGCCGCCCGCUGUCCCCUCUAGUGCCGACCUCCAAGCCGCCCCCGGGCAAGAAGACGCCCUCGGCCGCCACCAAGCCCCGCCCCAAACGGGCCCAGACACCCGCCAGAGUGCAGCCGCAGGCCGUGGCCGCUGUUACCGUGGAAACCAGGGAGGAGACGCAGCGCACCGACGACUUGGCGGAGAAAAACAGCUGCAGCGUCGUUCCCGCCAUCGUGGUUUCCUCUGCCACGCUCACGCCUCCGUCCCUCGGCCCGCCCGUCGUAGCGCCGCAGCCCGCCGCUGCUGUUGGCGCUGCGUCCGCCCCGGCUGCGGCGCCGCCCAGCAAGCCGUCGGCCGGCACCAACGACCCGGAGGAGGCGGCGCGCGCUCUGGCGGAAAAACGGCGUCAGGCGCGGGAGCAGCGGGAGCGGGAGGAGUGGGAACAGCUGGAGCAGGAGCGCCGCAACAGGCUCGUCAGGGAGGAAGCGGCGGCCCGCGACGCCGAGGAGAGGAGGCGGCGCGAAGAGGAGGCGCGCUUCAUGGAGGAGCAGCAGCGCCUCCGGGACGAAGCUCAGCGCGCCGAGGAAGAGGAGGAGGUGCAGAGGAAGGCCAAGGCCGAGCAGGAGGAGAACGAGAAGCUGCAGAGGCAGAGGGACGAGGCGGAGGCCAAGGCCCGCGAGGAGGCGGAGCGUCAGCGCGAGGAGAGGGAGAAGCACUUCCUGAAGGAGGAGCAGGAGCGGCUGGAGAGGAAGAAGCGCCUGGAGGAGAUCAUGAAGCGGACCCGCAGGAGCGACGCCGGAGAAAAGAAGGACGUCAGAGCGCCGCCGCAGGUCAACGGCUCCGAGCCCAACCAAGGUCACGCUGCUGCCACCCUGCUGGGCCCCGGGCCCCCGGCCCCUGGACCCCCUCUGACCGGCCCUGUGACCGUUAACGGCGUCCAGCCCGCCUCGCAUCAGAACGACGUCUCGGCCAACGGCGAGCUGGAGCGCCGUGCCUUUGAGGGGGCGGAGCCUUACCUGAGGAAGGCGGGCGCCAUGAAGCCGCAGCAUGUGGCAGAGGUUCUGUGAAUCACCAUGGAGACCGCCUGGAGGUCACGCCCCUCUGAGGCCACACCCCUCAGACCAGCAGAGUGCCAAACAUGGAGGAACUGAAACUUUAAAACUUUAUGUCACUUCCUGUUCCAGCGCUGAACCCGGAAAGGUUUUCCUUCCUGCUGCAGCCAAGACGGAACGGCUGCAGCUGAUUGGCCGAAACCCGACUGAACGGCUGCAGCUGAUUGGCCGGCUUGCCCCUCCUGAUCUGACCCUGGAGCAGCGGCAGUGGCUCCUGUUAUUAUUCUGCUGUUGUUCCUGUCUUCUUCAGUUCUACCGUGUGUGGGGGCGUGGGGGGAGUGUGUGUGUGUGUGUGUGUGUGCGUGUGCGUAUGCGUGUGUGUGUGUUUCUGUUGUUAUUUAAGCCGCCCCUGUAAAUGUCAAACCGGCGGCUGCUUCCUGUUCAGGACAAAUAAAGCUUUGAGGAAACGGA